AUGGAAAUAAGUACACCGGCGACAAUAACCUUACGUGAAGGAAUGGGUGGAAAUUCUAGCACACAGAUAACGAAAGAAGAAUUAGAAAAUUUAAAGGUAAAUCCAUUUGCAGAUCGAAUUUGUACUAUUUUAUCGUCGUCUGAAGAUCGUGAUGGAAGCAUGUCUUUUGAAGAUACGGCUCCUAAAGAUUUGAAGGCGGAAUUAGCCUUUGCGAUCUAUGAUUUUGACGGCGAUAAUAGCAUUGGACGAAGCGAUCUUGCGCAGCUGGUUUACAGAUUAUGUGGUAAAGCUCGAAUUAAUGAAGAGGAAUUAAAUAUACUUAUCGAGGCGGUCUUAGAUGAAGCAGAUUUAGAUCACAGUCGAACACUCUGCCAGAUAGAAUUUAUGCAUCUUCUUACUCAUUCUCCAAAUUUUGAAAGGAAAAAAGUAGACUGUAAAUAUUUUUAUCUCUUCCAUACUCGUAUUGAAGAAGCUUUUAUGAAACAAGAGCCUUUUCAACAAUAG